AACAAAAACAAACGCGUUCCGCCAUUUUGUGCGCUUCAUGCCUUCAUAGUUCAUAUGAGAACGAGGCGGCGUUUCGUUGUACAUCUGAUCUACCGUCGUCCGUGCUCCGCUCUCAGUAGUCGGUAGACAAUUUUAAAUUAUUUUUACAAUAUUUUAACGUCGUAUACUCGUGUCUUAUACAACGAAAACGUUGAACCGGUCACCAUCGAAGAAGUACGUGGGCUCGAUCGAUCGUAUAGCUGACUGUCAACGAAAUAUUCCACAGGGAUUAUGUGUUGUUGACGUUAAGACGUGCGACACCGUUGUACAUUUUAAAAUAUUAUUUCGUCACAGUCGUUAUCGAAAACCGUCAAGCUGUCGACUAACGCGGUAUCGGAAAUGGCGUUGAGCACAACGACCAGCCAACCGGUACAGAACAACGUUCAAUCGUCACCAGGAACCGGGUGGCCUAGGCGCACCGCUCCAGUCAAAUCGUCUACGUGCCCGUCGCUCAACAGACAUAUAAAUUUGUAUCCUCUAUCAAAUUAUAAAUUUGGUACAAAAGAACCUUUAUUUGAAAAAGAUCCAUCUGUACCAGCUAGAUUUCAACGAAUGCGUGAUGAAUUUGAAAAAAUUGGUAUGCGCCGUAGUGUUGAAGGCGUUUUAAUAGUUCAUAAACAUGGGUUGCCGCAUGUUUUAUUAUUGCAGUUGGGCACAACAUUUUUUAAAUUGCCAGGUGGAGAACUAAAUCCAGCAGAAGAUGAGGUCGAAGGACUUAAACGAUUACUAACUGAAACUUUAGGCAGACAAGAUGGUGUUCAGCCAGAAUGGACUGUUGAAGAUACCAUUGGCAAUUGGUGGCGACCUAACUUUGAACCUCCAACUUAUCCAUAUAUACCACCACACAUAACUAAGCCCAAGGAACAUAAAAGACUUUUCUUAGUUCAGCUACCUGAUAAAGUUUGCAAUGGCAACAUGAUUUGCUGGUUCAGAAAGGAUCAUCCUGGUUGAUUGUAAAACAUCACAUACAAGAAAUGUAUUUUUUUUUAUGAAAAUUGUCUAGGAAAAUUCAUGAUAGGGGUUCCUAUAAGAUUAUUGUUCUAAUCACUAAUUACUGUUGUGUAGUUAACAUCUAAUUUUAAAUCAGAUGAAACUAAAUACAAAAAGAAGGGGCUUAAGUUAAUGUUAAGAUGGUAAUAAAAGAAUGUAUGCACUUUCUAAAUGGGAUUGAGUGCGUUGUACAUGUAUUUUCCAUUAUAACUAAUUAAUUUUAUUCUCGGGGAUUUAAAUUUUUUUUUCUGUUUUACAGCGUGUCAUAAAUCCUUUAUAAAAUUUUGUAAAAUAUGAAGAUUUGUUAAAACAUCUCAUAAUACCAAUUUCCGGUUUUUUUAUUUACAAGAAUCAAAGUAACCAAUUUUAUUCUAUGUGUAAAGAACAUUGAAGGUUACUUUUUAAAAUUUAAAUGUCAAAUAAAGUUUAUAAAAAUUUGGUAUAAAUCUUAAAUUAAAUUUGAUAUUGACACUCUGUAAUUUUUUUUUGUAUUCAAAUCAAACUUUGUGGGAUGACUAUUUGAGUUUUGUUAACAUCUCUCUGUUUAUAGGUUGUAAAAAUUAAAAUAUUUAAGUAUUAACUAUUUUCAUUUUCUGAAAUUUUAUUAUGAGUAUGCGAUAAACCAAUUUGUUGUUGUAUUAUAUGUAAAACAUAACAAAUUUACCCCUUGAGUAAUAGAAACUUGAGGGUUUAGGUUAAUACUUAACAAAAUUAUAUACUAAAUAUCUAAUUUAAGUAUAAACAUCAUCAUGUUCUGUCACAAUAUUUUUUUUUUGUAAUAUCUUAAUUUUAAAUUAUGAUAUUGAUGUUUAAAAAUUUGAUUCUAUAUUUAUAUCGUGUUUAGAAUUAAAAUAUAUACAGAAUUAAAAAACUGUAACACAGAUGAUCACUUUAUAAUGAUAUUAAUCUAAACCCUAUAGAUUUGAUGAAAUGAAACAUUAAAAUUGAUAUGAAUUACACUUAUUCAUAAACAACAAGAAUGUCACGUCUUUUUGAAUGUACAGUUAUAAUAUUCAAUUUAGAAUAUUAAGAAUGCAUGUUAUUAGAUUCUGACGGAAAGCAAAACUAACAACUAUGUUUACUGUGUAUCUCGUUUUGUUUUAGUAGUUAAAUUAUUAUUUUUGUUGCAAUUAUUAAACUAUUUAUAUUAUGUUCUAAUUUCCCUUUAUGAGCUAUAUGUUAAAAUGGUUAAUAAUUAAUAAAUAAAGAGUAGUGUAAUAAUAUGUAUUAAUUAUUAAAACAAAAAUUAAUAUGUAUAUUAAUUGAUAUCGGUGUAGUAAUAAUUGGUUGGGGGUUUAUUUUGUCAGUAAAUUAUUUUAAAAUAUCUAAUUAUGUGUACAAGAUUUUUAAUGUUUUAAAUAAAAUUAUUACAUUUAAGAUUAUUUACCUAAAUAAACUAUUUUUCAAUUUAAAUAUUUAAUGAGGCCAUUGAAAAUUAAAAUUGUCCUUAAAGUAUUAAAAAAGUAUUUAUUUAUAAACAUUUUUACUUAGCCGUUGUUGGCAUAUAUGUUUGUUAAAAAUAAUGUCAAGUGAUUAUUUAAAUAUAGUAAUUCUGUCUGCAGUUAAAAUAAUGUUGUAUUAAUUCCAAUGUUGUAUUUGUAAGCAUUUCAAAAAAUUCCAUUUAAAUUUAAAAAAAUACAAUUUAAGAACUAUUGUACAAAGUUGUCAUUCAACAUCUGCUUAUCCUUAAAUUUUAUUAUGUACAUUUGUUCUGUACAGAUGUUUUUAAACGAACAUUAAAAUCAAUUGUAAAAUUAUGUAUAGGUGUAAAUUGUUACUCUUUUUAAUUGAAAUAUACUAUUUUAUGUAUUAAAUUUAUUGAUUCAUUUGUAAAUUCAAUAAGAUUAUAUAAUCAAACUUUCUGUUUAUAAAUUAUGUGGUAAUUUGAUUGUU